GGUUGUUCAAGUUAUUACUGUCCAAACUUGUUCUCGGGGAAACAGUGGGGGCGGGUGACUACAGGCUUUAUUUCGAAAUGGUUCGCCGGAAAUACAUUGUAUCUUGGUUUCCUGCGGUACUUAUUACUGUGACUUGAGGAAAGUACGAGGUCAUGGGUGGACGGUGGUUGAUGCUGAAACAAUAAAGACGUAUCAGUGAAAGCCUCUGAAGGUCAUCUUGUCAGUAAGCAUGUUCCUCAGAAUACAUCUGGGCUUCCUGUGCGGUGCUUGUGCGCUUCUGACGCAAAGUGUCUCAUCCCAGCAGCGUCCUCUUCCGCUGCUGCUUGUCUCGUUCGAUGGCUUCCGAGCAGACUACCUGCAGAGGUUCCCGAUGCCCAACCUUACGCUUUUCUAUAGCCAAGGGGUCCUGGUGGAGCACCUCACCAAUGUCUUCACCACAAAGACAUUUCCCAAUCACUAUAGCCUGGUGACCGGACUGCAUGCGGAGUCUCACGGCAUAGUGGCCAGUUCAAUGUACGAUCCUGUCAGCCACAAGUACUUCAGCAACAGCAAGGACCCGAUGUGGUGGAAUGAGGCCACACCUAUCUGGAUCUCCGUACAGCAAGCUGGCUACAAAACAGCGGCCGCCAUGUGGCCCGGCUCUGAUGUGUCCAUCCACAACCAAACACCCACACACUUCUUUCCCUACAGCUCUCAUGUGACCUUCCGGGAGCGUCUGAGGAACGUGACGAACUGGAUACUGGGAAAUAAGAAGCAUGAAGGUGUGAUAUUAGGAGUACUCUACUGGGAGGAGCCAGACUACUCAGGACACUUAUUUGGACCUGAAAAUACUGAGGCUAUGAGCAAAGUACUGAAGGAAGUUGAUGACAACAUCGGCUUGAUGAUAUCGGAACUGAAGAGAACCGGCUUGUGGGGUCACAUCAACGUCCUGGUGACCAGUGAUCAUGGCAUGGCUCAGUGCUCAACUGAUCGCCUCAUACGCCUGGAUGACUGCUUACAUGCUGAUAACUACACACUGGUGGACCUCACUCCUGUCGCAGCCCUAAUCCCAAACAACAAGCCUGAGGCUGUCUUUGCACUGCUGGAUAAGUGCCACCCAAACAUGACUGCCUAUUUAAAGGAGAGCAUUCCUGACAGGCUUCACUACCGCAACAAUGAGCGCAUCCAGCCUAUCAUACUGAUCGCUGAUGAGGGAUGGACGAUCAUACGGCAGGGGAACAAGCUGCCUAGACUGGGAGAUCACGGCUAUGACAACUCAAUACCCAGCAUGCAUCCCUUCCUGGCAGCAGCGGGGCCCAGCUUUCAAAGCGGCCUCCGAGUAACAGGUUUGCAGAGCGUGGACGUUUACCCGCUCAUGUGCCACCUGCUGGGUGUGCCCCCGCAGCCCAACAACGGCACCCUGGGUAACGUCCUGGUCAUGCUGGUAGCUGAGACCAACUGGAAGGUGCCUGUAAUGGUUGGCUUGGUGAUUGGUUGCCUGAUCAUCCUCACUACCAUACCUGUACUCUUCAAGCUGAUGGGACGCUGGCAACGGCCUUCGGUCCCCCGAGCAUUCUACAGACUGCAACUCGAACACGGCAACAAUGAAGACGAAGCCUUGCUGGCGUAAACGAACCCAGCUUAAUCAAGUCUAUGUCGCCUGCUCAUGCACUUUAUCCUCACGGAACAACGGCUUGAUUGAUGGAAAAAUGCCAUUUGACCAGAAAUGUCACAUGAAAUCACUCAUCAGAACAGUGGAAGGCAGGAAAAGAAAACUAGUCCAACAGGUUCCCAAGUUGACGAAUGUGAUUACGAGACACAAAAGUUUGCUGUGAAAAUUUUGAGAUUUGUCUUUCUUGUGUUGUUUUUGGACUGAGAUCAAUAUUUAUUGAGGCAUUGACGAAUUGAUUUAUGAUAUCUUACACUGGAAGAAGCAACAUGUUGCAGUGCGUUCAUGUUUUGAAUAGCAUCAAACAGUUUCUCAGGGUUGUGUGUCAGUCAAAUCAAAGUACUGUCGUGAAAACAUGGUCAUCAGAAAAAGAUGCAACUGGACUAAAUAUUUUCUAAUGAUUUAAAACUGAAAAGUCACACUGCUCUGAGUUCUGAUGUGUGUUAAAGGGGACCUAUGAUGCUUUUUCCACUUUUCUGACCUAUAAAUGUUAGAAUGUUGUAUUAUCGUGUUAAACUAUGCCAAAGUUUCAGUUAAUGAGGUUUGACAUUUGGAAGUGAGCACCUUCCUUAUAUGGUCAUGCCUGGGUCAUGCCUCCCCCUCCCCUCCCCUCCCCCAACAGAUGAAAUGUAGCAACAAACUUUUUUGUUCUGAUUAAAGCCGGGAAUCUAAUCUGUUUUUCGGUAGGUUCCAUGUUAAAAUCACCAUUGAACACAAUAUUCUGUGUCAAAAUCAUCUAAAAUGACCGGUACUGAAGGGGUUGUCAUUUUACUUUUGUUAUUAACACCUUUUAUGUGCUGCAGUUUUAAUAAACUCACCAGGGUUUGUACAUUGUGUGUGUGUGUGUGAUUCUGAGAAAAAGAACAUGACACAUAUUUGAAAGAAUGAAUUCAUAUUCCGUUUAUAUAGAUUUUUUUCUCUCCAUGGCAGUCACAAUAAUACAAUGUAACAAAAGUUAAAUAUAUAAAAUCAAUACUGACAUACAUUUCUCUAUUGUGUUUGUUUUCAUAUGUUUUAACAUUUAAAAUGACUCAUUUCUAUGUCGUGUUUGGCAUCAUUGUAAAUCUUUGCCUCUUCAGAUAAAUAGACUUUUAUUAUUCAGGAGG